AUGGACCCCGGCAUCAUAGUAGGGAUCGAUUCCCUCCCAGUCGAGCUAUUGGAAAUGAUUUUGUUGCAACUGGGAAUGCAGUUCUUGCUGGUCACCGCUCAACGCGUCUGUCAAAAAUGGGAGACCUGUAUUCACGAAUCCCUCCCUAUCCAGCAGAAACUCUUCUACAAAGCCCUGCCGGAAUCAGAACCCAUAGUCUGCAAUCCUCUGUUGGCCGAAUUCUUUCCUUUCUUUAUUCCUCCAUGGCCUGGACCUGGAAGUCAUGGGUGGCCGUACGACGCUUGCGAUCCGGAAUAUAUCAAAACCCACCCAAAAGUGUCUUCCUACGUCAGGAGGCGAGCUAGAGAAACAUGCUCGUUCGGCAGCCUCCCCUCCGAUCCAUACAUUGGGUCGAAAGGCAAAGGAUACCUCAAUAUGGCACGGACAAAUAUCGACGAUUUCAUCUUCCAUUCGAGGAAGCCCCAAAUGAUUCUGCGGGUGAAUUGGUGGCAACUAAGCGAGUUCGGGAAUGUCACCAGUACUCCAUUUGAGCAUAAAAUAUGGAAAUUCCAUGGGAGGUCCAAAGGGCAAAUAUUCAAGCUCGGAGACAUUAUAAUAGAAACCUACCAGGAGCUGGCGAAUUACGGGCUCAUUGAUUUUUUUGAAUCAUCCAAUGAGCUCCAGGAGUAUACUUUCCCCUGCGAAGACGGCGCCUUGAGUAUUCUGAGAAGUCAUCGCGAUCUUGCUGAGGCGUGGGGACGCAUAGGCGCUACUCGCUGGGCCGAUGAUAUCGAUGCAUACGAAUUUUGA